UCAACGCAUCAGUCCACAAAAAUAGCUUGGUGGCUGCGCAAUGACCGUCCAUCUCCGAUCUAGACCAAUGUCUCCGUUAUCAAAGUUGGAGAGUUCUGCUGAGAGGCAAAGCAAAGGAUAGGAUUGUGAAGGAUUGUGAUCAUGGUCGAUGGAUGCCAAACCCUGCCCUGUACUGCUGGUAGUAUGGACUCAUAUCUCUUAAAGCGAAACGCCGGUUGAAGAGUAGUAUAAGAAUGACUACGGGGUAUCAACAACAUGAUGGCAGCAGCAAAAGCGAAGGAGAUGCGCCAAAAAGAUGCAACCGACCGCUGCACUUCCUAAGCGGUUAUCCUGCGAUCGCUGCUACGCGCAGAAACUGCGGUGUCCGCGACCCAGUACCACGAGUACGAGUGACGAUGCGAGUUGCAUUCGAUGUCUCCGUCAGAAGGUGGAAUGUGUUUAUAGCACUGCUUUGCCCAAGGGGAGGCCCCGGGCUGCGGCCCGUGCUUCUGCUGCUGGAGCGGGAGCUACCAAUAUAACUACAUCUACAACGACGACGACGACUGCUCCGUCUAUCUCAGAUACUGUCCCUCCCAUCUUCUCCGCUGAAGACCUGGCAUCGUUCCCCGGUCUCUCCACUUCCGGUUGGCUUCCCGACACAUCUUGGGAGGAUACUUUUAGUUUCCUAUCGCCCCAAGUCGUGCCGCAGCCACCACCACCACCUCCUCUUGAUCCCACUCCCCCUCCCCCUCGUUCAUCCCCAGCAUCGAUCUUAGAGAACCAUGAGAAUUGCGUUGGACGGCUCUCGGAUUUAGCCAUACGUCUUCACGCCGUCUACCGAACCACACGAGCGCUGUCUGAUCAUCCCCACAUCACCAAUGCCGCCUUUGAAGCUGUUGCUACACUCUUUAAUGCCCCCUCAUCACCACCUCCCAGUGCCACCACCACCACCACCACCACCACCAACAAUCUCCGUGAGACAUUCACAUCCUCCCAUCACCUCCUAGAAACCAUUUCUCAUCUCCUCUGGACCACACCCACCAACAAUCUCUCGACUGCACCCGCUGCUGCUGCUGCGGCGGCGGCUGCUGCGACGGCGGACGAAACAGUGAUAUACCACUUCACCAUAGCCUGCUACAGUCUUCUCCUCCUCAUCUACGCUACCCUCCUCACCGCCCUCCACCGCGAUGCCCUAACUCACGCCCAACCACCAUCAUCAUCGACAACCACCACCACCACCACCACCACCAAUACUACCAGCCGCGACAACCCCAGCACCUGGUGCUCCGCCCCCUCCCUCAUCGAACUCCGCCUCGUCCUCCUCUUCCACCUGAUCACCUAUUUCCUGGAUCGUCUCCAGCAAAUGGUCAGGAUGUAUACCGCCGAGUUCGAAAAGCAGGCCACCAACAGCAGCAGCACGAGCACUACCGCAACAGCCGGGAGACGACCACCACCCACAAGCACAAGCCGGGGAUGGAAUGAGGAAGUAGAGGAGGAGGGGGAGGAGGAGGAGAUGAUGAUGAUGGUCGAAGAGCCCUGGGAGCAGCAUCUGCCGCCCGCGCCCACCUCCUCCUCUCUGGGCUCCAUCUCCGAGUUAGAGACCCGGGCGCGAUCGGCGUUGAUGCAGUUGCGAUGGUCGUUGGUGGCUGCUCGGGGUGGGUUGGUUGAUGUCUAGUCUUAGAUGCUUCGGUUUGUGAGGGACAGGGUGUUCUGGUCGGAAGCUGAGUAAGACACAGAUAGAUAAGUGAUGACUUUUUGGAGUUGUUG